AUGGAAUCUCAGUUUGCAUACGAUGUGUACAAACCUAUAGAUCCGAAUAGUGUCGUUUUAAACCUCGAGGAUUUAUUUAAACAAUUAGACACUUCAAAUGAUCCCGAUAAUGAACUGAUCCAAUCUCUUCCUUCACUAAUCGCUAGUCUCGAAAGUUGUAAGAAAAUAAUAUCAAACCAGAACUCGACUUCAGAAAGUAAAACCGACGCUUGGUCUAAAGUAUCGAAAAUAGUGGAAAGGAUUGCGAAUUUUGCAAAAAAUGAAAUUUCACGCGAUCCACUUGAAACCUCUGGCGUUGUAGAAUUAAUAGUUCAAUUUAUGCAACUUGAUGAUGACACCCAAUCAUAUCAUGCAGUCGAUUAUCAAUGCCUUCGAGCGCUUGCAAAUUUUUGUAUUUACAGCGAUGUAAAUCGUCAGAAAAUUCUAGAUUCAGGUGGUAUAAAUACUGUGCUUGUACAUUUGCAAAAGAAGAAAGACCUAGAAACUAUUCGUGGUGCUUGUGCUGUACUAUUGAAUGCAGGACUUCAUUAUGAACGGAUUAAUUCUGAGAUUAUAAAAUUGGAUGGGAUUAACACUCUUUCCAAUCUUCUUGAACCGGAAAAUCUUUUAAAAAUAUAUGUUGAAAGUAUUGACACAGCACGAAUGACAGUUUACUUUGUCACGAGAGUAUUUUUAAAUUUAAUAGGAGCCGAUGAAGGCAAAUCGAAAUGUGCAACUACCGAGGUAAUUACCGCAUUGACGCAUCUACUUUCCUACAGUUCUUCAGAUAAUGCAACGAGUGAAGAUGCAGAUAUUAUUGAGAAUGUGGUAGAAAUUUUGGAAAGCAUCGCUAUAGAUAAUGAUGAAGUGCAACAAAUUCUAGUUAAAGAUAAAUUAUUUGGUAGUUUAUUAGACUUCUUAGAAUAUUCAAAACCUCCAGAAGAUUGUAGUCAACGAACUGAUAAGAGUUAUGGUGAAUCUAAAGCUGCCGUGUUGAAAGUGAUUGUCUCAACUACAAUGAGUGAUAAAAAUAUGGAUCCUUUGUUUGAUGAUACUAUCAUCUUACAUCGUUUACUUAAUUGGCUAAAAUUGGGUCCAGAACGUGAUGACCUUCAAAUGUGUGCAGCAUUGUCUUUGGGUAAUCUCGCUAGAAGUGACGUACAUUGCAUAAAAUUGGUCCAUGAUAUUCAUAUUGUAGAACCCCUUGCUAAUGUCUUGAAAACUUCAAGUAAUGUCAAAGUACAACACGCUGUUAUUAGCGCGUUGAAGAACUUAUCGAUUGCAGCUGGAAACAAGGACAUUAUUGGAUCAUGUGGGGUUAUUGGAGCUACAUCGCCAUUGCUUGAAAAGGAUACUGUCCAACCUGUCCAAUUUGUUGUAGUUGGAAUCUUUAAACAUCUAUCAUCUCAGAAUGUUAAAAAUUCUGUGAGAAUUAUUCUUGGAGAAAAUAAGGAUGAUGUAGAAAAACCACUUACACGUCUACUUAAUUUAAUUAAUCGUACUGACGAUUUACCCAUUCGUAGCGAAGGAACACGCAUACUUGUUAAUCUUGUUAAAAACAUGUGGGUUGAAAAUCCUCAUUCUACAUUAGAAGGAACAUCUGUAUCUUCAUUACGUUCACAAUUGAAUAAAAAAGAGGUUGCCCAACCUCUUAUUAACAUGGUUAUAGAGUCUAAAUACCCAAUUCUUCAAAAUGAGGGUAUAAUUGCUUUAACAUUGCUAAUUAUGGAUGAUUCUGCUGGAGAUAGAGAUUCUAAUCCUGCCUUAAACCUAUUAUUGUCGACAAAUAGUGAAGAAAUAGAUGCGAAUACUACAUCACAAUCGAUAAAUCAUUCAGUGGUUAAUAAUGAAAUGAUUCCUUCGAACUCAUCAUCAGUAGAAAUACAACAGAAACAAUCCUCAACAUCACCCUUACUUAAAACAUUGCUUGAUAUGAUAUUGAUCGAACGAGAUAAAUACGCUGAUGAAAUUGAAUGCAAUGUAUGCUUGUUACUCGAGAAAUCAGUGAAAGCUUCAAAUGGGACUCAGUUGCAUCCAAAAUACGGACUUGAGAGUGGUGCCAUUUUGAGUAACCAUAAUGAGUUGAAUAAUUUUUCUGCAAUGUUGGGAUCUUUUAAAAGGGUCAAAAAAUCCGUGAAAUGGGUGGCGAUUUAUUCUUCAUUUAAACAAAAACCCCCAAACCCCUACAAAACAUCUACUUCGCACUUCUUUGUACCAAAAAAAACUGCUCUAAAUAAUUUACAGAGAUUGGAGCCACCAAAAUUUCUUAAUCGUUCAACCGCACUAACUGCAUCGGAAACUUUAAAACCCGAUUAG